AGGUGGCGCGCGGAGCUCCCCCGCCUGGGCGCGGAGCUGGCCGCGGCCGCGAGCCGCCUGGACGCCGUCGAGCGCGCCCUGCAGGUGGGGCCUUCGGGCGGCGCCGCCCCAGCACCGCCGAGUGGCGGCGCCGCCGGCGCGGCGCUGCGGGGAGAGGUGGACAUGCUGCUGGAGGAGCGGGCGAUCGUGCGGCAGCACCUGGAGGUGCUGCAGGCCCAGGCCGACUCGCACCAGGCCGCCGCGGACGUGGACAAGUCCCGCGUGCUCGCGCUCGCGGAGGGCAUCCGGCAGUCCGGCGACGAGCACGCGGCCCUGAAGAGGAGGGUCGAGGAGGUGGCGCACUGCCUGGACGUAGAGCGGCACGAGCGCCUAGCGAGGCACCAGUCGCUCUCGGAGUCCAUAGAGGCCUCCCUGCAGCGGCUGCUGCACAAGAUGGGCGACAGUUGCGCCGUGCGCGGCUGGCUGGAGCCAGACGCCCCCGAGGUGGCCCUCCGUCCGCCGCCG